AUGUCAAUAGACAGAGCUAUCGACGGAACAUCUAAAAAAGACAGACUGCUCCUGGCCAAGGAGAGAAGAGAGGAGAACGAGAGGAUACAGGUGGUGCGCGAGCAGGCAUUAUACGAGAAGGAGCUGCGCAUCCGUCGGCAGCUGGAACGCUCAGCUGAGGAGCGAGGGAGGCGUCUGGAGGAGACGCGGCAGAGGGAGGAGCUACGCAGGGUGGCGGUGGAGGAGAAGAGGAGGCUGCACGUGGAACAGGAGCAGGAGCGCCUGGAGGCUCUACUGAGACGAUCCAUGGAGCGCGGAGGACAGCCCAUCGACCAGCGGCCCAAGCGGUGGACCUGGUGCGGACCGCCUGGAGACUGCCCGGUGGUCGGGUACAUGACUCUGUCUGAGUCUCAGGACUCGUCCCUCAACAAGCGUCUGUCCACCUCCUCUGCCUCAAUACCCGGUGUCAAUGAGAGAGCCUCCCCCAGCCCCCACCGAUCCCCCUACAGGGGCUCCCCCAACCGGGCCGAGCGACGCCGCAACAACGCCGCCUCCCCAUCCCCAUCCCCCUCCGCCAAGGAGCUGGCCGCCAACCCAAAGAUGUAUCAGAUGGAGAAACAGGUUGGCUGCACCACCCCCACUCUGAUAGACCCCACCCCUAAAUGCCUCGAAUCCCCCACCACACCAACCAAAUGUGCCUACACCAAGACACAAAAGAGCCACGGCACUCCCAAAAGGAUGAAGUCCUCCAAGAGCCGCACCCAGUCCCCCUGCUCCCCAGGCCAGUACCCGCCCUCCCCCAUGCGCCACCGGGCCACCACGCCCUGCGAUGGCCCCCGCAGGCUGGAGGGGGAGGAGAAGGCGGCCGCCGAGACCCGCGGCACCAGCACCCUGGAGAGGAAGACCUCCCGCUCCGAGAAGAUGUCCAAGUCCUCCAGCCGCGACCUCGCAGAGUCCCCUAUGACCCCCACAGGAAAGUUGUUUGCGGGCACGACGGACGCAGAGGAGGCUGCCAGACUGCUGGCGGAGCGGCGUAGACAGGCCAGAGUCCAGAAGGAACUGGAGGAGAAACAAAGAGAGGAGGAGAAGAGGCUGCGUGCGGAGGAGGAGGCCCGUCGGCUGGUGGAGCAGCGCGAGCGUGAGGCGGAGGAGGCGCUCUGGGCUGCGGAGGAGAAGAAGAGACAGGAGGAGGCGCGUCAUCAGAAGGAGACGGAGGACAAGAGACAGAGGGAACGGCGCUGGCAGGAGAUGCAGGAGCAGUGGGAGAAAGAGAGAGAGGAGGCGGUGCAGAGGGCCUACCGGGAGGCGGAGCGUAAGGAGAAGGCGAGAGCAGAGCUGAUAAUCAAGGAAGAAGAGGAGAGACUGCAGAGGAAGAAGAGGAUCGAUGAGAUCAUGUCAAGAACAAGGAAAAGGGAAGAACCAAAGAAAGAUGAGGUCUCGGUGGAGACACCCUCCCCUGGCUACCCUCAGGAGCUGCCGGCAGAGCGCAGAGAUAUCAGACAGGCGGUCAUGGGCCACAACCUGAGGCCAGAGCCUGCCGGAGGGGUCAGCUCCCCGCUCAUCAGCCUGGAGCCCCUGGAGACCAAGAACACCGUGGCAGAUGACCUCUCUGAUGGAGUCCAGUCUAUGGACGUCAGCCCCGUGUCACGAGACGAGCUCGCCUCUGUGCCUGACUUCUCCCCGGUCAACGAGGCUCCGCGGCAGUAUAGCAUGCCAAGCAAUGCCAAGGCCCUGGAGGACCUACUGGGGCUCACGGGCCAAGCCUCGUUCCCCACACACCCCUCCUCCGGCACCGGCACCGGCACCGGCAGCACGGGUGGCGCCACGCUCGGGGACCUGAAUAAGAACCUGAUUGGAGGGUUCAGCAGACCGGGCGGUGCCGACUCUCAGCUCUUCCAGGGCCUCGAGGCUGCCUCUGACAAGCUUGGCAUCUAAGUAACCAGGGGGUGGCGGUGACUCUUGGGCUGGGCCGGUGGGCCGUGACAGAAAAGAAGCAGAGGGAGGAACGAACUGCAUCAACCAAUCAGCUUCAUCCCUCCUCUUAUCUGCAAGAAAGCCCCUCCCCCCUUUCUCCUCUCCCUCCCAAUCCUCAUCACCCUCAAGAUUCUCUGAUGCACCAGAUACAGAGACAAUACACUGAAUGUUAUUUAUCUACUAAUAUAUCACACUCUUUACAGGAUAAAACCCUUAAACAUACACAAUUACACAUCUCAUGCACAUAUGUGUGCAGUGUACUCAUAAUGCAUACACUCACACAGACAGAACCACAAAACUAUGCUUUGCCUCAUCGUCAGAGCAACUAGAUUACAGAUUACUCGACGACAGUAAUGGCUGUGCAGGCCAGUGUAAUAUAUUGUAGCAGUUGUAUGAAACUCUAUAUUCAUCUUAGCCACCCAUAGCAUCUGAUCGGUGCGCACACAGUUAGGUCCUGUACUGUAGCAAAUCUGACGUUUUAAUUUGAUGUAUUAAUGAUGCUGUCUUGAGAGUAUUCUGACCAGCCGUCUUACAGUGCACUGUACAUGUCACUUUGUGUAGCGUCUAAAUCGUGUGUUGUAUUAUACUGGCUGGGAACACGUUGCGGUCAGGACUGUAGUACUGGGAAUGGUCAUGAAUUGCAUAUCUCAUCACCACAAUACAGGCUAUGUAGAUUAAUAUCUAUAUGUCAUGCGAACAUAACGAUGAAUAAAACUAUAACAUUACAGACUAUCACAAAAUUCCAAUCACUGUAAAUAGCAACAACAAAAACAAACUUAAUGAACUUUUAAAAAAAGACCAUGAUUUGUCUUUUGGAAUAUACAUUAAACCUAUGGAUGAGUCACUCUUGUUUUUUUGUUUUGUUUUGUUUUUUUUCCUUUGUCAGACUCGAAUGAACUGUUUAACCAACGUCUGUGUGGUUCGAACACUUGUAUAAAGUUGUAUUGUAUUAUGCACUAUCAUGUUGCUCCUCAUUGCGCCACGUUUUGCUGUGUACCCUGCUGAAUAUAAACGUGCGUCUGUGUGGAGGUCGCCGAAGCAUUGCCUGUUAUGCAAACGAGUAUAUGCAGCAACAUUUAAGACUCCAGUAUAACUUGCAGUGAGUACAAACAUGUUCCUCUUCAGGUGACGUAAGUGAAACGGUUCACAACAUGCAGAAUAACAGCAAUACCAUCACCAUCACUUACCUUGUAUAAGACGACAACAAGAACAACAAAACUGCCCUGCUGUCCAUGUUGUGUAUACCUGGAUGUUAUGGGUGUUGCAGCAUGUAUGCUUUGUGCAGUUUGAUUUUCCUUCAGUUGAUGCUGAAGCCCUUACAUAACAACAACUCAAAUAAAAUAUUUAUGGUGUAAUGGCCGCCUAAUGUAAAGUUCUUGGGAUCAUCAAGCAGGUGUAGGAUGGUUGGGAGUCCCAUGAUAUGACAAAAAAAAGAAUUGAAGGCUGUAUUGGAUUCUGUAAAGAUGGACUCAUUGUCUGUUUGACUAUCUGUAUGUUUGUGUCUGUCACAUUGAGAUGAACUCUUUUUUAGAUCCUCCUGUCCCAUUCUCUCUCUCCACCCAUCAGUGUCAAACCAUCUUGCUGUUCUAGCCUGAAGAGCCCAACGCAUUAGUUUUGCUGUGGAAUAUGAUGAAAAUAUGGGGAGAAAAUGUUUUAUCAUUAAUCUCGGAAAGUAAAACUUAAACUCAUGUCUGCUUUGUGGAAAGUGUAAACAUGGUGCAUGGUUAUGCAGCACUGGGGAAGCAUUAAUAAACACAGAUUGGUC